AUGUCAGGAGAGCGUGUUUCGUCCUCAAAAUCAUCGGUAGAAUGUCCAGCUUUCACUGUGCAUAAUCGUCGACUGUUUGUCGAUUGUUGGUCGAUUGUUUGUCGGACCUCACAAAUCGUGCAAAAAAGACGUCCAUUGGUGAAAGACUUGCUUACGUUUAAUACAGAACUGAACGAUCAAACGAUUCAACGGUCGAUCAUUCCGCAGUUUCUCGAGCCUAUCUGUAGCGGCUCCCCACUUCUUUUCAUCAUCUCUGCAAAUCUCUUCUUGGUUAAUGUUGGUGCAUUUUCUGUAUCGAUGGGUUUUGCUCAAUCCAAUUGA